AUGCUCAAGUCAUUCGCAGCAGUUCAUUUCCGCCACUUCACGCCCACACCCAUAAUCUCUCGCACUCUGUUUCGAAAUAUGAGCGACAGCAAGCCAACCGCACCCCUGGCUUUGCCAUCCACCGAAUCCACCUCGGAUGGGUCCACCAACCUCACUCUCGGCGGCACAGUCAGUAUGGACGCCCUGGGACCCGUCGUCGUCAACGUCAAUGGCACCUUGUCCCGCAUCAACAACUGGGCCGAGAUGAAUGAAAUCGAGAGAGAGAACACAUUACGCGUCCUCGGCAAACGUAAUCGUCAACGGCGCGAAGCCCUCCUGGCGGCUCAGUCUGCUGAAGGGGAGGUCGCCAAGGACUCUGGGAAGGAAUGAGAGUCCCCUGUUCACUAGUUUCAUGUUCACGACCAGCGACACUUUAUUCGAUGAAUCGACUUUGUAAAAUUAUCCAAAGACUUCCAAUAUUCCAACCAA